UCCAGCCAGCGUGCGGAGGCGCGUGAGCGGCGCGAGAUACUCACGAAAACCGAUGUUUUCGUUACUGGGCGUCAAUUAGGGCAGAGACGGAGCGGUUACCGGAGCGGUUCGUCUGAAGGAAUAAAACACCGGGAGGAGGAGGAGCAGCACCCCCGCAGAGGAGCGUGUUCCUCCGCCUGCUUGAGGGAUGUCGGAGCGCGGAGGGGUCUCGCGGGCCGGCGGCGUCCCGUCGCCGCACAUGCAGCCCUCCAAGCCGGUCAGCAUCACCUCCAAUCGGCCGGUCCACAUGAACCUGUACGCCACCUGGGAGGUGGACCGCUCCUCGCCCAGCUGUGUGCCCAGGUUGUUCAACCUGACACUGAAGAAGCUGAUCAUGCUGAAGGAGCUGGACAAAGACCUGACCUCUGUGGUCAUCGCUGUCAAACUGCAGGGCUCCAAGCGAAUCCUGCGCUCCAACGAGAUCCUCUUGUCUUCAGCGGGGCUGACAGAGACCGACCUCCAGCUCACCUUCUCCCUGCAGUACCCACACUUCCUGAAGAGGGACGCCAACAAGCUUCAGAUCAUGCUGCAGCGACGAAAGCGCUACAAGAACCGCACCAUCCUAGGUUACAAGACCCUGGCCUUGGGACUCAUCAACAUGGCCGAGGUGAUGCAGCACCCCACUGAGGGGGCUCAAGUGUUGGGGCUCCACAGCCAGCUGAAGGACGCCUCGGUGCCCGUUGCUGAGAUCAGAGUUUACUCCCUGUCCAGUCAACCCAUCGAUCAUGAGGGACCCAAAGCCAAGAUGUCUGAUCGUUCUCCAGACAUCGACAACUACUCUGAAGAAGAAGAAGAGAGUUACUCCUCAGAACAAGAAGGCAGCGACGACCCGAUCCACGGCCAGUAUCUGUACGAUGAAGACGAAGAGAUGAGGAAGAAGAAGCCGAGACACAAGCUUCCUUCCAAUGCCGCCAUCACUAGACAACCAAACAUCAAGCAGAAGUUCGUGGCUUUGUUGAAAAGGUUCAAAGUCACCGAUGAGGUUGGAUUUGGGCUGGAACACGUGUCCCGGGAGCAGAUCCAGGAGGUAGAGGAGGACCUGGAUGAGCUGUACGACAGCCUGGAGAUGUACAACCCGAGCGACAGCGGACCGGAGAUGGAGGAGACCGACAGCAUCCUUAGCACACCAAAACCAAAGCUCAGGCCGUUCUUUGAAGGGAUGUCCCAGUCCAGCUCCCAGACGGAGAUCGGCAGCCUCAACAGCAAAGGCAGUUUGGGCCGAGACACUUUCAGUCCUGGGGAGCAGCCGACUCUAGAGAAGAUGAAACCAUCCCGCAGCCGUAACCUGGAGGAGGCGCUGUCUGAGAAUGAGGCACUGGAGCUAACGGAUCAGGAGCUGUUCGCUGAAGUGGGCCCCUGCAUCACAGUUUCGGCACCAGACAAACCGCGUACACCCCAAAAAACCAAAGGCGAAAGCCAGCCUAUGCCGUCCCCGAGGCUGGAUGGAAGCCACACCCCCAGGCAGAAGCGCAGCAACACUCCCAUGAAGGAGAGACAGCUGUCCAAACCUCACAGUGAACGAGCCAACAGCUCGGACUCGGAGCGCUCCCCGGAGCUGGGCCACAGCAUGCCGGUCCUGAGGAAGGCCGUGUACGACCAGCUGAAUCAGAUACUGUUGUCAGACUCGGCGCUCCCGGAAAGUCUGAUCUUGGUCAACGGCACCGACUGGCAGGGUCAAUAUGUCACAGAGCAGCUGCAGCUACAGCGACACCCGGUGGUGUGCACAUGUUCUGCAGCUGAAAUCCAGGCGGUGCUGUCUGCUGUGCUCACUCGCAUCCAGAAAUUCUGUAACUGUAACUCGUCCAUGCCGCGGGCGGUCAAGGUGGCGGCGGUGGGCAGCCAGAGUUACCUGGGAGCCAUCCUUCAGUUCUUCGUCACUCAGCUCGCUAACAAGACCUCCGACUGGCUCAACCACAUGAGGUUCCUCGUGGUGCCUUUGGGCUCCCACCCAGUGGCGAAGUAUCUCGGUGCUCUUGAUAACCGCUACAGUUUGUCUUUCCUGGACAGCUUGUGGAGGGACGUGUUCAGCCGCUCUGAGCCCCCUCAGACGGAUCAGUUGGACGUCGCGAGUCGAAUCGCCCAGUACAUCAGCGGGGCAACUGUGACGCACCAGCUGCCCAUCGCUGAGGCCAUGCUCACCUGCAAACACAGGAUGCGAGAUGAAGACUCGUACCAGAAGUUUAUUCCGUUUAUUGGGGUUGUGAAGGUCGGACUGAUCGAGUCCGGUCCGUCUCCAGCAGGAGAUACGGAAGAGGGUGUGGCUGUGAGUUUGGCCGUCCCCUCCACGUCGCCCCCCUCCCAUGGUUCUCCCACAGGGAUCAAAGAAUCAGCAACGCCCCCUUCCUCCCCGUCUAUGGGCAGCGUCCUGACUGUACAAGGGAGUCCAAGUAUGUCUCACGGCGUGGACGCAAUCGGCCUGCAGGUCGACUACUGGCUGGCCUCGCUGGUUGAGAAACGUCGGGAGGGCGAGCGUCGUGAUACGGGCUGCAAGAACACACUGAAGAGCGCCUUCCGCUCGCUGCAGGUCAGCAGGCUACCAGGAGGGGGCAGCAGCGAUCCACAGGUUCAGGGCAACACCAUGGCCAUGACGGUGGUCACGAAGGAAAAGAACAAGAAAGUCCCCACAAUCUUCCUGGGAAAGAAGCCAAAAGAGAAGGAUGUGGACUCCAAGAGCCAGGUCAUUGAAGGGAUCAGCCGGCUCAUCUGCUCGGCCAAGCAGCAGCAGACCAUCCUCAAAGUGUCCAUAGAUGGCGUUGAGUGGACUGACGUCAAAUUCUUCCAGCUGGCUGCUCAGUGGCCCACUCACGUUAAAUACCUACCUGUUGGACUUUUUGGCUACAGCAAGCCUCCCUUGUAGGGUCGGUCACCCUUUUAUCCGCUUGUCCUGCCUGAACCGGCCUGAUCCUGUCACAUCUUCUGAUGUGGUCUGACAUCCUCCACAGAGCGGCGAGAAAACACCCAUCAAGCGGGUUAUUUUGUUUUAUUCUUGUCUUAUUUUGUCUCCGAGGGCCGGAGGAUGGUGCCGGGAUACGACGGUGUUAGUAGUCACUUUAACG